AUGUGCGCAUCGAAGGCUCGAGACGAUUCCAGUGAUUGUUCAAGUCCGAAUAUAAAAAGCCCAACUGAAAGUUCUCCAACUGAUAAUAAACUAGUAUUUACACUUUCACCGACUCCCUUGAGUCCCAAAGAUAAAGGAACAAAACAACCAUUUAGUUCUUUUCAUAGUGAUAGCGAGAGUUCUAAUAUAGGCGAUAUAUUAAACGGAUCUUCGUCUUCUUCUUCUGAAACACUGUCAAAUAAAAGAACAGGAUACCCACAUUUUCAAAUCGGUGUUAGUGAAGAUAGAAAUAGAAGAUGUAGAAGAACAAUGGAGGAUUCUCAUUCAUUUUUUUAUGAUUUUGCGGGAGUUGAGGGUCAAGGAUUCUAUGCCAUAUUUGACGGACACGCUGGAAAAUCUGCAGCUGAAUGGUGUGGAAAUCAUUUUCACGAGCGAGUAUUGUAUACCGCGAAUGUAGGUGAUGCACGAGCUGUUUUAAGUCGUAACAACACUGCAAUUAGAUUAUCAUACGAUCACAAGGGUAGCGAUGCUCAAGAAGCAAAAAGAAUCGUAGACGCCGGUGGAUUUGUUAUGAAUAAUCGUGUAAACGGUGUAUUGGCUGUAACGCGUUCGCUGGGCGAUAGUUCGAUGAAAGAAUAUGUAAUAGGCAGCCCAUACACAACAGAAACCAAUAUUACAGAAUCAGAUUCAUUUUUGAUAUUAGCUUGUGACGGGUUAUGGGAUGUAUGUAACGAUCAAGAUGCUGUUAAUUUAGUCAAAGAUAUCCUGGAUCCACAAGUUGCCAGCGCUAAAUUAAUUGAACAUGCUCUUCAAAACUUUAGUACGGAUAAUUUGAGUGUGAUGGUAAUUAGAUUUACUAAUGGGUAA